GGCGGGGCGCAGUGUCCGGAGCAGCCAGUGGGCGGCCGGGCGGCCGGUCCGGUGUAGGAGAAGCGGCGCGAUCUGUCCCUGGUCAGGCUCUGCAUCCAUGGAGCGAGCCGAGGGGCCGAGUUCAGAACUUGCUAAGGCCAUCAAACCUAUCGAUCGGAAGUCAGUCCAUCAGAUUUGUUCUGGGCAAGUGGUACUUAGUCUCAGCACUGCUGUCAAGGAAUUGGUAGAAAAUAGUGUGGAUGCAGGCGCCACUAAUAUUGACCUCCGGCUUAAAGACUAUGGGAUGGAUCUCAUUGAAGUUUCAGACAACGGAUGCGGCGUAGAAGAAGAAAACUUUGAAGGCUUAACACUGAAGCAUCACACUUCUAAGAUUCAAGAGUUUGCUGACCUAACUCAGGUUGAAACUUUUGGCUUUCGGGGGGAAGCUCUGAGCUCGCUCUGUGCACUGAGUGACGUGACCAUUUCUACCUGCCACGCGUCUGCGAAGGUUGGGACUCGACUGGUGUUUGAUCACAAUGGAAAAAUCCUCCAGAAAUCCCCCUACCCGCGACCCAGAGGGACGACGGUCAGCGUGCAGCAGUUGUUUUAUACGCUGCCUGUGCGCCAUAAGGAGUUUCAAAGGAACAUUAAAAAGGAGUUUGCCAAAAUGGUCCAGGUCUUACACGCGUACUGUAUAAUUUCGUCAGGAGUCCGUGUCACUUGCACCAAUCAGGUCGGGCAGGGCAAGCGGCAGCCCGUCGUGAGCACCAGCGGAGGCGCCAGCAUCAAGGAAAACAUCGGAUCUGUGUUUGGGCAGAAACAGUUGCAAAGCCUCAUCUCUUUUGUUCAGCUGCCCCCUAGUGACUCGGUCUGUGAAGAGUUUGGCCUCAGCUGUUCUGAUGCUUUGCACAAUCUGUUUUGCAUCUCAGGUUUUAUUUCUCGCUGUACUCACGGCGUCGGGAGGAGUUCAACCGACAGACAGUUUUUCUUUAUCAAUCGGCGGCCUUGCGACCCAGCAAAGGUUUCCAGACUGGUGAAUGAGGUCUAUCACCUGUACAAUCGGCAUCAGUAUCCUUUCGUUGUCCUUAACAUUUCCGUUGAUUCAGAAUGUGUCGAUAUCAACGUUACUCCGGAUAAGAGGCAGAUUUUACUACAGGAGGAGAAGCUUUUGCUGGCAGUUUUGAAGACGUCUUUGAUAGACAUGUUCGAUAAUGAUGUUAACAAAAUCAGCGUCCGUCAGCAGUCACUGCUGGAUGUCGAAGGUAACUUAAUAAAACGGCAUCCGGCAGAAACGGAAAGGCCUGGGCCGGAGCAGCAGGAGCAUCCCGCCCCGUUGAAGGCUGCGGGACAAGAGAAAAGGGCAGUGACCAUUUCCAGACUGAGAGAGGCCUUUUCCCUGCGGCAGGCGCCCGAGAACAAGCCUCGGGGCGCCAAGACCGCGGACUCCAGGCGGGUUUCUCCGCGGCAGAAAGGCGGCGCCCCAGGGCCCCUCUGCUCCCGCACGCGCAUCUCGGAACCGAGGGAGGAGGGGAUGGCAUCCGCCCGGGCACCCUCUGACCCGAUGGGCCCAGGGGAGGCCUCGGAGGAGGCCUCGGGGCACAGCAGCGCCUCCGCCAGCUCCGGGGAGGGCUCCAGCGCCCCCGAAACGGGCAGCCACCCCAGCAGCGACCCUGCGGCAAGCGCCCCCGAGGACGGGUUUUCGCAAGAACACGUGGAGUCUUGUGAAGAGGCCCCUGCACCUGCUCUUGGCGCUUUAGACCAAGAGGCUGGCGGCCUCCGCCGGCCUCAGCCCCCGAACGCCUCAUCCCCAAACCCCAAGCGUUUUAAGAAGGAAGGGGUGCCUUUAAACCCCGACGUCCCCCCAGAGCCGGUGGCAACGCAGAGCGUGGCAGCGGCCGAGGUGGAUGUCGCUGUUGACAUUGAGAAGAAAAUAGUGCCCCUUGACUUUUCCAUGCGUUCUUUAGCCAAACGGAUAAAGCAGUUAUGUCGCCAAGAGCAGCAGCGAGAAGGUGAGCAGAAUUACAGGAAGUUUCGGGCCAAGAUUUGCCCUGGAGAAAAUCAAGCCGCAGAAGAUGAGCUACGAAAAGAGAUAAGUAAAGAGAUGUUUGCAGAGAUGGAAAUUAUCGGGCAGUUUAACUUGGGAUUUAUCAUCACCAAGCUGAAUGCGGAUAUCUUCAUAGUGGACCAGCACGCCACGGACGAGAAAUACAACUUUGAGAUGCUGCAGCAGCACACGGUUCUCCAGGGGCAAAGGCUUAUCGUACCUCAGACUCUCAACUUAACGGCGGUCAAUGAAGCGGUUCUGAUAGAAAAUCUGGACAUAUUCAGAAAGAACGGUUUUGAUUUUGUUAUCGAUGAAGAUGCUCCGGUCACCGAGAGAGCUAAGUUGAUUUCCUUGCCGACGAGUAAAAACUGGACCUUCGGGCCCCAGGACAUAGACGAGCUGAUCUUCAUGCUGAGCGACAGCCCGGGGGUCAUGUGCCGCCCUUCCCGAGUCCGGCAGAUGUUCGCCUCCAGAGCCUGUCGGAAGUCUGUGAUGAUCGGAACUGCCCUCAACACGAGUGAGAUGAGGAGGCUCGUCAGCCACAUGGGGGAGAUGGACCAUCCCUGGAACUGUCCCCACGGAAGGCCGACCAUGAGACACAUUGCCAACCUGGAUGUCAUUUCUCAAAACUGACACUUCUCCUUUUAUGAACGCUUCAUUGUACGGCAGAUUUCUCUGUUUUGAAACGCAGGGUUUUAACCUUUUUUUUUUUUUUUUUUUUUUGGUUUAUUUCUAAAAGAAGCCGUUGCUUAAAAAUGUUUCAGAUCCAUUUAGAAAUGCUCUUGAGAACUUUUUCAAACAGUUCAGAGCAUUGCUUGCGACACUUUCUGUUCCGCUCUUGAGCUUGGGUAAGUGUGUGGACAAGGAAGAGAACUUUUUUUUUUUUUUUUUUUUUUGUCUUUUUACUUUUCUCGAGGGCCGCUUCCCGCAGCAUAUGGAGGUUCCCAGGCUAGGGGUCUAAUCAGAGCUGGAGUCACCGGCCUACGCCAGAGCCACAGCAAUGCGGGAUCCAAGCCGCGUCUGCAACCUGCACCACAGCUCGCGGCAACGCCGGAUCCUUAACCCACUGAGCAAGGCCAGGGAUCAAACCCGCAACCUCUUGGUUCCUAGUUGGAUUUGUUAACCACUGCGCCACGACGGGAACUCCAAGAAGAGAACAUUUUAACAAAUUGGGAGGAGCAAGUGCUUCGGAAGUCACCCAGACCUCUGCUCUGGCCCCCCAGAUUUUAGUCCCCAACUUUCAGCCCUUGAUGAUUAAAUUCACAGUGGUUUCGCUUUACACAUUUCAAAUGAUGGUCCAUUUGAAUUAGUGGUUCUCAACCCUGAUGCAUAGUAAAUUUAGAAAAUAGGGAGUUGCUGUUGUGGCUCAGUGGGUUAAGGACCUGACAUUGUUUCUGGGCGGAGGUGGGGGAGGAAUUCAGGUUUGAUUUCUGGCUUCCCACAGUGGCUUAAGGAUCCGGCAUUGCUGCAAGCCAUGGCACAGGUCACAGGUGCAGUUUGGGGUCGCUGUGGCAUAGCCCAACCCCUAGCCCAGGAACGUUCACAUGCUGCAGCUGAAGCCAUAAAAAGAAAAAACUGUUGAGAAAGCAGUCCAGCAAACUCAAGCGGGAUCCUCUGUCCAGCUGGAAGGAAUUGACCAGGGGGAGCGGGGUCCUUAUUCUUAAAUGUUCCCCGCUGCAGCCAGGGUUGCAAAGACCGUUGUUGUAGGCAAGGGGAAAUAAAAGAUUUUUCUGUAA